GUACUUGCUGUUGUGGGUUUGCUGGUUUUGUGUUCAGUUUGGGCACAGGUUGGUUUGAUGGUGCGAAGAGAGGUGUUCAUGCUGUUCAUGAAGGCAUUGUUGAAAGGGUGUUUGAAGUGGUUCGGUACAUAAGUGCCAAGUCUAUGCUCGUUGUUACAAUAUGCCUUGCCUUGUGCAUGCGUGUCAUGGCUGGGACAAGGGUCUUGUUGCUAGCUUGUACAGAUACUUGGCGCCAGAGUACUUCAUGCACGGAAUAGUUAAUGAGAAGACUGAUGUCUUUGCUUAUGGAGUUUUGCUUCUUGAGCUCAUAACAGGGCGUCGUGUUGUUGAUUCAUCUAUACAGAGCCUUGUGAUUUGGAAUUCAUUGUACCUACAUGGGGGGCUAUACGUCAAAAGAAGUUCUUGGUUCAGUUUAUCAAGACGCCAUUUACAAAGGUUCCAGCACAGAGUGUUUCAGUUUUCAAUGUGAAUCUGGCGAUGUC